AUGGCUAGUCCACGAACAAGAGGAAUUUUAAAAGAUUUAAGACCACUUAAUGAAAAUAAUACAUGUUUUGAAUGUGGUGCACCAAAUCCACAAUGGGUUAGUGUUAGUUAUGGUAUUUGGAUAUGUUUAGAUUGUUCAGGUAAACAUCGUGGUCUUGGUGUUCAUCUUAGUUUUGUACGUAGUGUAACAAUGGAUAAAUGGAAAGAUAGAGAAUUAAUGAAAAUGCAAGUUGGAGGAAAUAGAAAAGCCAAAGAAUUUUUUGAAAGUCAACCAGAUUAUAAAAGUAAUUGGUCGAUACAGGAAAAGUAUAAUUCCAAGGCAGCUGCUUUAUUAAGAGAUAAAAUUAAUACAGAGGCAGAUGGUAAUGAAUGGGAUAUUGAAAAAUCUUCAGCAAAAAAUUAUGUACCAUCAUUAAUAACAAGUAUAUCCUCUAAAACUAGUACUGCUAGUUUGAACAGUAAUCGAUCUUCUAAUAAUUUAAAUAAUUCAUGGAAUGAUGAUAAUGGAUAUACUGAUGGUUAUAAUAGUUCAGAUUUUAAUAAAACAAAUAAAUACCAAGGAUUUGGUAAUACAUUCAAUAAUGAAAAGAAAGAAGAUGAUUUACUUGCUGGUGCAAUGAAUUCAUUAUCCUUAGGAUGGGGUUUUAUAACAAAAGCAGCGUCACAAAGUGCAGAGAUGGCUAAAGAAGUGACAGCUCAAGUUACUGCAAAAGCAUCAGAAUUAACUAAACAGAAUGAUAAAGAUAUAUUAGCGGGACUUAGUAGUUCUUUAGCUACAUUAACAAAUAAAGCUACAGAAUAUGGUAGCAAAGGUAUUGAGGGAUUAAAUAAUAUUGUCAAAAGUACCUCAAUUCAAACUUUUACUGGAACAUUAAAAAGUCAAUAUGAAGAUCUAACUACACCAGAAGGGGGAAAAAAUUUUGGUACAGAAAUUGGCAAAGAUUCUCUCAAUUAUAAUUCUGUUGAUUUUUCAUCAUAUGAUUGUGAUAAACAAACUAAUGAAGAUAUUAAACCCACCAACGUAGUAAAAGAACAUAAUAGAAAAAAAAAAGUAGUUAAAGAAUCAGACAAUUUAAUAAAUUUAGAUUUUGAUAAUGUUACGUCUUUUGGUUCCUCAGAAUCUACAGUAUCAUCAAAAAGUGCAGCAAAACCACAACCAAUACCAAAAGUAAAAACAGCUGAAGAUGAUGUCUGGGAUAUGCUUAACAAUUAG